AUGGCUGCUCAGUUUGGGGAAGCUUGGCAGGUCUUUCACCCUAUUCCUAUGCAACAAAUUGAACGACAGCUAAAAUGCUUGGCAUUUCAAAAUCCAGGACCUCUGCUGGCAGAUUUCAACCCAGAAACUCGGGAACAACAAAAGAAAGUCUGUAUGUCAAUGAUAAACCAGGAUUGUUUUAAUACGACAAAGAAGACUGUGAAGAAAUAUGACAAACAUGGCCAUCUGAUUUCCAAUAAAACAGAUUUGUGUGAUUGUCUAGAGAAGAACUGUCUGGGCUGCUUUUACCCUUGUCCUAAAUGUAAUUCAACAAAGUGUGGGGCAGAAUGUCGCUGCAACCGGAAAUGGGUCUACGAACAAAUUCAGGUGGAGGCUGGCCAAAUCAUCCGAUUUCCAUUUCGAAACAACUAG